AGCAGCAGCAGCAGCAGCAGCAUUUAAAAACAUCAAUAAUGACCUCAACUAAACCAGCCUCAACAAAAGAAAUGUCAGUAUACCACAGAAAGUGUUAAUUAAGAAGACCCCAUGACACGACCAGUCAGUCAGGACAAUGCGGAAGAUAUAGUACAGAUAACAACAGACUGUUGUCACUCCAAAUCUACGCAAUGGCUGCUAACGGUAAGUCAGUGUUGUGUCUGCAGCUCUCUUUCCCAGAGCUCAUGGGUUUCAUGCUUUAAAAAAAAUUGCUUUGUUUUUAAUUGUAAAUGUACUUUGUUUUUAAUUGUUUAAUGUUCUUUGUUUUUGAUACUUUGUUUUAACUUGUAAAAGAACUUUGUUUUUAAUACGUUGUUUUUAUAUAAUUGCAAAUGUACUUUGUUUUGAAUUGUAAAUGUACUUUGUUUUGAAUUGUAAAUGUACUUUGUUUUGAAUAAUUUGCUUUUAAUUGUAACUGAUAGGUUUUUUAAAUUGAAAAUGUACUUAAAAAAUGUAAAUGCACGUUGUUUUUAAUGGUAAAUAUACUUUAUUUUUAAUACUUUGUUUGUAAUACUUUGUUUUUAAUUGUAAAUAUUGUACCUCCCAAUCGACAUAGUUUAGACCAUUAAAAAGACGGGCUGUCUUGAUCUCAGCAGACUGACGAAUGCACUCGGUAAAAACAUCCCUCGGCCGGAAUUGAACUCUCGUCUUCUACACGCAACGGCGAAAAGUUUAACCUGUGCACAACAAUCGCCGGUUCUUGUUUCAUUAUAGUGAGGAACGGAAAGAACUAGAAUCGAUAACUAAUUACAACAAAACAUCUCUAUCAGUGUAAAAAUAUCCCAAGAUUUCUUUGCUGAAUACUAUGGGCUCUUGUUUAUCUUGUUUAUCUUUGAACAAGGGUGGUAGGCUUAGAAUCUACAAAUGAAAUAUAUUAUUUAGACUUAAACCGUUGAAAUUUGCAGUACUUUUUUCUUCUCCGACCAAAUUUGGCUUGCCACAGCUCAACGGUGACUGACGCCGUAGGCUAUCCUAUCUGUCCAUAGCACUGUAUCAGUGGUUGUUUAGACUACUGUGCUGUUCUGUUGACUAGAAAUUGAGUACCGUAGUCCGUGCGUCAGUCCAACAUGAUGCCCACUCAGUUGAAGGCAUGCACCACUGUAUAGGUUUGUUUGUUUUUUUACCUCCAGUGUUCGAUCAUUCAGGAGGUGGCGACUUCAAGGUCACCCCGGGCAUGAAGACCGCGUUUGAGCAACAAGGAUAUGUCUUAGUCAGAUCAAAGGCAAAGAUGGCCGUCUCAGUCGCCUUUGUGUAUGGAGCAAUCCCGGAAAUGACGUCACUGGUGUGCUGGCACGUUGCGAGAAAAUGGCGGGAACUUGUGAGACAGCGCAAAACUCCCUCCUCAAGACAUGCCCUCUAACAGAGCCUAAUCCGGAAGUGAAAGAGUUCAUGGACCCGUCCAAAUCUCGGACUCUGGCCAACGUGGAGAGACCCAGCGAGACCCAGCGACAGUAGCUUAGACAGAGGGCUGUGUCAUAGCUUUGGCAAAUUACACGUUACCUGUAAGCGUUUUACGGCACUUGCAACAGAAUAAGGUCAUAUUAGUUCAGAAGAAUAAAGGCGUUACAAGGGAGUA